UCUCGCUUCAGCUUCCUCUCUCUCUCUAAUUUUCAUCUCGUUAUUAAUUUUCUCGUGAAAUCCACCACCUUUUCAUCGGGUCAAGAUCUUUUCUUCCCGUUGCAUUCUCCCAGACCGACUUGGGUUUCCAUCGGUUUCGUCGUUUCUGCAGAAUUCGGCACUGUUCUGUGUCGAAUCGCUUCCAUCUCUUCCGAAAGGUCUGCAUCUCUCCGCAUGCCAUCCAAGAUGAUGCUUCACGCGUGCUUUUUUCUUAUCUGGCCCAUAGAUUUUCCAUCCCUUUGAUUCAGGAAUCACAUUAUCGAAAUCUUUCGAGAAUUUAGACAGGGCAGGCAUGUGCCUACGUGAUGCCGUGUCUGUGUUUCUCUCCAAUGAAUCUACACAAAGCUGUUCUUUUCCUUUUCUGAGUGAGCUCGUCCAUCUACCCUUUCUUUUAUAUAUAAUAUAGAAGUCAUUUUGUGUCGAGCUUCAUUCAAUAAAUUACAGAGGUCGCCUUCAGUUACAGAGCAAGAGCGAGAAUUCAAUUUUUGCUUCCCUGUUUGACUCGGCUUCGUUCAUCCGGGCAUUGGCAGUAAACAGAGCAUCGAACCGGAAGAGCCGCCAAAUGGCCGAACCGCCGCAAAAGCCGAUGCUCCAGAAGCCACCGGGCUACAGAGACCCGAGCGUCGUGGUCCAACAGCCCCCAACACAGCCGUAUCGCAAACCGGUCAUGCCACCUUCGAUGUACCCGAGGAAGAAGCGCCGGAGCUGUUGCCGCUCGUGUUGCUGCUGCCUCUGCGUCCUCAUAUUCCUCAUCCUCUGCGUCCUCAUAUUAGCUGGCGCCCUAUCUUAUCUCUGGUUCGGCCCGAAAAUCCCAGUCUUCCACCUCCAGUCGUUCAGGAUCCCCCGGUUCAAUGUGACCGCUAAGCCGGACGGCACUUACCUCAAGGCGCAGACCGUUUUGAGGGUCGAGGUCAAGAAUCCAAACCAGAAGCUGGGGUUGUACUACGGCGGGACCGACGUGGACAUCAGCCUGGGCCGGGGCGGGGGGAUCGAGUUGGGGUCCGACAGCCUGCCCGGGUUCACCCAGGGGAAGAAGAACGUGACGAGCUUGAAAGUGACGACCGAGGUGCGGGACGAGCUGGUGGAGGACGGGGCGGGCGCGGAGCUGAGGUCGGGGUACCGGAGCAAGAGCUUGGUGGUGAAGGUGAAGGUUCGGACGAGCGUGGGGGCGAUCAUACAGGGGUGGAAGGUGGGGAGGGUUAGGGUGAAUGUGGAGUGCGGGGAGGUGGCGAUGAAGGAAGUGGAGGGCGGGGAGAUGCCCAAAUGCAAGAUCAACUUGCUCCGUUGGAUCUUCUUCCAAUGACAUGAUCAAGGUCAAGUGAAGAAGAAAGAACAAAACGAGACUGAUCGAAUUUUACGACAACAUUGGUGACCCUUGCUGAACAAUGCCGCUGAUUCUAAUGUUACUUCUGACCGCAAUGACAUCAACACAGCCGUUUAAUUUUUCCUUUUGAAAUGUUUUCUCCUUCCAUA